UCUCGCGUCUCUCCUGCAAAGUUAAAAACAGACUUUGUUUAUCUUGCAGGCUGUUUGAUGAAAUGCUCUUCAACUAGUUCAGCCGCUUCCUUCCCCCCCUCACAGCUUGAUUGUUUUUUUUUUUUUUAAUUUUACACCCCAGCUGUGCACGCGGACAAGAGGACUGAACUCCAUCUCGCGCCUUCACUCAUUUUUACAGCUUCUUUGACAUUCAUCUUUUUUUACCCCUCUCUCUAAGCUAAGCACGAAAAAGACACUCCAGCUUUGCCCACCAUCUCUCGUGCCCGUAAAACUCGCAGUAAACGAGGCUGCUGUGCAGAGGUUUGACCUGCAGGACUGUUAUUUAAUUUUUUUUUAUUAUUUUAUUUUAGUGGGGGCUCUCUUGCAGCUAACGGCAGCUCGACGGGAGGAGGAGUGCACCGCCAGGGGUUUUUAAUCGAGCAUUUGAAGAGAGAGAGCGCCAUGGCGACCGACAUGGACACCGCUCCUCAGGCCGACGGGAUCUUUGGUCCCGGUGGCACCGUGGCGGAGGCUAACCAUCCAUACAGCGAUGACGACGACGCGCUGAAUGAGGUCGAGGUGAACGGCAACUGGACGCCCCAGGAAAAGGCGCUCCAUGAGGCUCGUCUGAAAGCUAAAGCCAAACGUCGCCUGCGCAAAUCCUCGUCUCGCAACUCCACCAGCGAGUCUUUCUCAGAGUCGGGAGAAGUGGCGGGUGGUGACCCGCACAGCCCGAAAGGAAAAGUCAACACCAAUGACCGGAAAUCCAGGACGGGCAAAGGCAGAGGCCUGCCAAAAAAAGGUGGGGCAGGUGGUAAAGGAGUUUGGGGAGCUGCUGGGAUGGUUUACGAAGAUGAGGAGCCCGACAUACACGACCCCAACUAUGAUGAAUCUUCUCAGGGGGACACGGUCUACGAGACAGUCGUGCCCGAGAUAGACGAGAAGGAACUUGAGAAAAUGGUGAACCCGAUUGUACAGGAGUACUUUGAGCACGGGGACACAAAAGAGGUUCAGAUGCUGUUGAAGGAGCUCAAUUUGGGCCAGCACAAGUACGAGUUCUCCUCUCUGGCUGUGUCCCUGUCCCUCGAAGGCAAGGCGAGCCACAGAGAACUGACCUCCCGCCUGCUGUCUGAUCUGUCGGGGAAGAUGCUGUCGCAAAGUGAGAUGGGGCGAGCUUUUGACAAGAUGCUUAAAGAGCUCCCGGACCUCAUCCUGGACACACCGGAUGCCCCGCAGAUGUUAGGCCAGUUUAUAGCCAGAGCCAUCGCAGACCACGUCCUCCCCAUGUCAUUCCUGGACUGCUACAAGGGCAAAGUGGACUGUGAGCAUGCCAGAGUGGCUUUAGACCGCGCUGCAGUGCUGCUGUCCAUGAAGAGGGAGAUGGUUCGCCUGGACAACGUGUGGGGUGUAGGUGGAGGUCUGAGACCUGUCAAACAUCUCAUCAAAGAGAUGAAUCUUCUGCUCAAAGAGUAUCUGAUAUCAGGAGACGUGUCGGAGGCGGAGCACUGUCUGCGGGACCUGGAAGUGCCUCAUUUCCACCAUGAGCUGGUCUACGAGGCUGUAGUGAUGGUGCUGGAGUCUAAAGGUGACACUGCCACUCAUAUGAUGAUGAAGCUCCUGCAGUCCUUCUGGAAAACAGGCCUCAUCACUGUUGAUCAGAUGAACAGGGGUUUCCAGCGCGUCUAUGAUGAGCUCCCUGAAAUCAGCCUAGAUGUGCCACAUGCCCACUCUAUCAUGGAGACUUUUGUGGACCUCUGCUAUCAGGAGUCUGUCAUCACCAAACAGCUGAGGGAUGCCUGUCCCUCCAGAGGGCGGAAGCGUUUUGUCAGCGAAGGAGAUGGAGGGAUGAUCAAGAACUAAUCUGCAGGAGGAAGAGGGGGCAUCAGCAGCAGCAGGAAGAGGAGGGGGUGUCUACUGGUUCUUACACCCUGUUUCUGCUCCAGCAUGUUUCCCUGAAACCGGACAUGCCUGCAGUCUAAUGUUUCCUUGUUCCUCUCCUGGUAAUGUUUAUAAUGUCAUCAGUCAAAACCAGCGUUUUUUGACGUUUGGUGGAAGUAAACCGAAAAGAGCAGCCUGGCUUCAGUUCCCAUCAUCUUGUUCAUCACUGCUUUUUUUCUUUUUUUUUCUUUUGACCUGUUUGUGAAGAAUAUUCUCUGAGGGUUCAUGUGACACUUUUGCCUCAGUCUUUGUACCCGUUUGUCAAGAAUAACACAAGUCAGAGCUGCAGAGGAACAGGGGGACAGGCUGGGUUACGUGGGAGAUUAAUUGGUUUUAUUUGUCUCUUGCUUAAUUUCACCUGUUACCGUGUCUUUAUUUUUUAUUUUGUUUUCGUUCACAUAAUGUGCUAUAAAUGGAAACGCGCACUCAGAGGGACAGAGCAUACCGUAUUCAGCGAGCACUUAGUAAUUUAGCUGAGCAGCAAGGAUCUAAAACUCUUCGGCUUCUGUCCUUAUUUCGAGGAUGCCAUUUUUCGUACCUCUUGUUUAAGUUGUUCAUUAAUGUUUUAUGAACGGUGAUGAUUUUUUUUUUUUUUUUCUCCUUGAAUUUUGGGCUUUGAAGCCAAAUGUUUACUUUUGUAAAGCACCAGUGAAAGCAAAAGGUGUUUUGGGCACUAUUUGGGUGUUUAUCUGAAACUUGCAUCAGGGCAAAUACACUUCAGAAGCCAUUUCUGAAAAUGAAGAUUAAUUGGGGUUAAUGUGAUUUCAAAAUAAAUAAAUAAAUGAGCAAUAUUUUGAGCACUCUGCUUGCAGUUAACUCAUGUAUUUACAGCCACAUGGUCAGCAGUUGAUUCUGGACAGGGUAGCCUUCGGUGUGCAGAGCCGCUCUAGACGGCGUCUUCUGGUAAUUGUCUUUAAUGGAUUAUGUUUAAUGCAUGUGUAAAGACAACCCCAGCUUUUCUUGGAAAACGGUCAUUGAGACUUUUUCUGCCCCUGUCUUAGAGUUUUACAUGUUGACCAAAGUUAUAAUAAAUAUAUUUCAUUCAUUAAAAAAAGUAACAAAUUGAA